AUGAAGACAUAUCUCACUACCAAAAAUUUAACAGCAACUUUCGAGCAAAAGUACCUAUUCCAAGUGUUACAAGGCAGUUUGAACAUUCUUAAUUCUACCCACAUUCAUGAUGAAGAUUUGAUUUUGAAAUCAUUCUUAUCAACAGUGAGAAUUGAGAGAUCUAUAAUUACUGAUAUACAAUAUUCAAUGUCACCAUUCAACAUUCUUGAUUCCGCAUUCACUAUUGAGGACACUGAGAUCAAGGGAGCUCAUACAAACUCAUAUCAAGAGAGCUUCAUUGUCACAAAUUCUGCUAAUAUCAUAAUGAGAAAUAUUUCUUUCAGUGAUUCCAAUUCUCAGAUGAUGAUUUCACUAAGCUCUCAUCUUGAAAUGAACAAGCUUAAAUUUCAAAAUAUCUCUCAAUUUCCUUACUUAAUUUCAGUAAAGCUUUGAAAAUGGUUCUAUCUUAGUGAAAUCACUGUGAUUGACUCGUAUUCCACUAAAAAUGAGAUCAUGAACAUUCAGGACAGUUAUAAUGUGACACUGAAUGACAUUAAUCUGACAAGCAUCAACUCUACCUUUUGUUAUUUUAAAGACUCUGAAAUUUUAGCUAUAACUAACAUUAUGAUCUCAAAUCUGAGCCAAGUAUUUAAAUUUAUAAACUCUCAAGUCAUGAAAUUAGCAAAUGCAGAGUUCUCUGAGAACUUCUCAAAUAGUCCAGGUGGAGUCAUUUCAAUGAUCAAUUCAAAGCUAAAAAUUGUAAAUACUACUUUCACUAACAACUCAGCGACCGAAGGAGGAGCAAUAAUGUUUGAAUGCACUAGUACCAGCUCUUGACAACUUAAAAUUGCUAAAUCUAGGUUUGAGAACAACUCUGCCACUGUCCAAGGAGGAGCUAUUUCAUAUAAUUAUAAUCCUCCUGGAAUUAAGGAUACUCUAUUCCUUGGCAAUUCAGCUCCUUAUGGCAACAACUAUGCAAGCUAUCCAGUAAGAAUUGGUUAUGCCAAUAGCAGUAUUGAUGAUCAAAUAGUUAUUCACAAUAUUGCAUCAGGAAUUACAAUAACUCUAAACCUUGAAUUAGCACUGAUCGAUUUAGACGAUCAAGUUAUGGUUCUUGAUGACGAAAACCAAAUCCUUAUUUUACCCUCUGACCCAUCAACAUCUUCAGUGAGUGGAACCAAUGCUGCACAAGUCAAGCAAGGAGUUGCUGUCUUUGAUAAUCUUGCAUUAGAAGUCAAUAAAGAACUAAGAAGCUCUAACUUUUUGAUCAGUUCUAAAUCUAUCGAUUCUGCUAAAGUAAAGCAAGUUCUGGGAAGUAGCUUCCAACAGAAAAAGCUUGAAGCCAGCUUCAGAGAUUGCCAGCCAGGAGAAAGGAUUCUUGGCAACAAGUGAGAAGUAUGAGCAGCUGGAACAUAUUCAUUAAGUUACAACUCAACAGAUUGAGCAAAAUGAGACAUUGAUGCUGAAUGAUUAGGAGGAUCAGAAAUUUACUUGAGAUCAGGCCACUGGAGAAGGUUCCAUAACUCAACUAAAGUAGUGGAAUGAAUUAACAAGGAUUCAUGAAAAGGAGAAUAUAAGCUAGAUGGAAGUUCCCCAGCUGUAUGAGCUGAAGGAUAUACUGGAAAUCUGUGAGCUCAAUGACUUGUCACAGAAGAUGUAAAAUAUGAGAGAGUUAAUGACUAUGAAUGUAGAAAAUGCCAAAAUAUGAUCCUCAAUUCUUUCCAAGUAUUCGGGACUAUUCUGUUGGUCAUAUGCUUCUAUAUAUUUAUGAUGGUAAUCAACGUCAGGAGAACUAGCGAAAGUGAGUUGUCUGUAUUACUAAGGAUACUUGCUAACUAUCUACAACUAAUAUCAGUGUCUACUGCAAUGUCUAAUGAGUAUCCAUCAAUUAUGAUAGCAAUUUCAAUUCCUGUGAAGUGGCUGGGUGGAUCAAGCGAUGCCUUCUUAUCGCUUGACUGUAUUAUUAAAGACAUUGAGAUGAACUUUCUAUUUGAUUCUACUGCCAUCUUCAAACUGUUUCUCCUGAUGUUCCUUCCUCUGAUCCUGUUCAUCUUGUUGGGAGCCAUUUGGGGAAUACUGUAUUAUACUAAAAGAGAAUGGGUCAAAGACUUCACCAGGAAUAUUGUUAUAACGUUCAUCACCAUUGUUUUCCUACUGCAUCCAAAAUUGACAGAAAGGAGCAUUAGUAUGCUUAAAUGAAUAGAGAUAGAUGAAGGAUACAGAGUUGCUGAAAUUGAUACAAACCUUGAAUGAUUUGGACCUGAACACUUGAAAUCGAGCUUACUUGUAGCUCUCCCAAUCCUGGUCAUAUGGGGAAUAACUUGACCCAUAAUAGCCAUGGUUUACUUGUACCUUAGCCAUGCAAAGACUGGGCAUGAAAAGAUCAAAAGUUACUUUCUGAUACUUUACCAAGGAUUGAAACCAGAAGUAUUUUACUGGGAAUUCGUAAAUACUCUUAGAAAAAUAGCAAUUUUACUGACUCUGUUAUUCCACAGAACAGUAUCUAUAAGUCUAUCUCUAAUGAUACUUAUUGUAACUGCUCGAGUCCAACUGUAUUUAAAACCAUACAGGAAUCGUGAGCAUUCUAAAAUAGAGUUCUUGGCUAUGAUGGCUGGAGUGUGAACCAUCACAGCUGCUCUGAUUUAUUCACAAGAUAAGCAAAAUGAAGUACUAAAUAUUUUUGUACUUUUAUCAGUGAUUAGUUUCAAUCUAAAGUUCAUUAUGGAGUGGUUAUUCUUGCUACUUUUAAAGCACCAGGACAGAUCGAGUUUAGUUAAAUCAAUAACAAAAUUCGUUGGGAAGAUUCUCUGCAGACAUAAAAAUUGAACAAACCCAGAAAUUUCCAAGGGGAAACUGAGUGCAGUCAUUACUCAGAGGGUUGUAAAUAAGUCGAUGAUCUCCAUCCCUGAUUCCCCGCGGACACCUCCAAAGAGAAUUAUUAAAAAGAAGAAGAAGCUCAGAAAGAGGAAGGCCAAGAGGAAGAUUAAAAGAGGAAAGUUUCCUGAAGAUCACAGCUCCAGAAUUCUGCAUAAAAAUAAUGAAAUUCAUGAGAAUUUUGAGAUGAAGGAUGACACUUUAAAAACUGCUGAUAGGUUUGUGACUCCAGAAAGACUGGCUUCUGACUCUCCAAAUGUCUCAAUCUCACCUCUUGAGAGCCCUUUUGUCCAAGGAUCUAGAGCAUUCCCACAGGAUCAUGAUCUAGAACCCAGUACUCCUGAAAAUCCUUCUGAGCUCUACAGUGCCUAUAUAAUAGUUAAAAAGCCUCCAAAGAAACCACAUAAGAAAAAGAAGAAAAUGACAAAAUCUUAACCAAAUCUAAC